AUGAAGAAUUCUACACCAUCAUCUCCAUCGUUCUCAUCGGUUCCAGAUGAAAUCGGUGCGAAUUGUUUAGCCCGCGUCUCCAAAUCUGAAUACAGUUCCCUGAGCACAGUCUCCAAGAGCUUCCAGUCUCUCCUCUCUUCUCCAGAGAUAUACGCAGCUCGAUCUGAAAUCGGAGCCGCAGAGCCUCGCCUGUGUUUACGUUGCAAAAGUUUAAGGAAAGGCAAACGUUUUCAUCGCUGGUACAAUCUGAGGUUUCUCAGGAACUGCGAUGAUGAUGAGAGAAUCAUAAAGGGAAGUGCCCUCGUCAGCGAAGGCGAAAUACAAAUAAAUCGCGAGUUGAGGUUAGUACCUGUGAAACUCUCUUCCUCCUCUGCUCCUCGUCGAUCUAAAGAAGCCUUUUUAGCUGUUGGUUCCGAGAUCUACCAAUUCGGCGGAAUCACCAACAACAAGGGGAAGAGAUGUAGAUCCGUUCGUGUGUUUGACUGUCGGAGUAACACGCAACGUCGUGCUCCUAGCAUGAGCAUGAAAAGAGAAGGCGCCAAAGCUUGUCUUUUAGAUGGGAGUAUAUAUGUAAUGGGAGGAUGCAGGAAGAGAGAGUGUUGGGGUGAAGUUUUCGACCUAAAGUCUCAGACUUGGAGUAUGGAGCUACUGCCUAGCCCUACUGGUGAUGAUGAUGUAUUUGAUUGUAAAUUCGAACUCCUUGUCCUUGGAUCUAGGAUACACCUUAUCACCGAGCUUAACAAGUACGCGUAUGAUCCUAAACAAGGAAGAUGGUUGCUGCUAGACAUGGGUUUAAAGGAUCUAAAAUACAUUCUAGAACUAGGUAAGGUUUGGUGCGUUCUAGAUAAUCUAGUGUUUUUGGAGUUUCGCGAUAGUUUGUGGUGGUAUGACUUGAGCUCUGGAAAGUGGUUAGAGGUUGAGGGUUUGACAGAUCUGUUGUAUAUCAAGGUCGAAUGUCUUUACCGUAUGAUUCAAUUAGUUAACUACGGUGGGAAACUGGUGAUUGUAUGGCUAGUGUUGCCUGACUUUGAAUAUAAGGAGCCUAGUAGCAUUAUUCCAGAAGAGAGAAUUUGGUUUGCCGUGAUUCGGUUGGAGAAGCGUCUCACUCCAUCUGGACUUUCUAUUUCGGGAGAGAUUGAACAGUUGAACUAUCUUGUUCACGGGUCUUGUCAUCCCUUGACCUGUGUAUCCGUCUCGCUUUGA